AUGUUUUCAGAGCGCAGCACAGUUUUAAUCGCUAAUUUGAGUUCAAGCUGCCUACAAAGGGUGAAACCUUCCCCGCCGGUCUGUCCGUGUUAUCUCCUCAGAACACACGAUGCCACCCAAAAAGAAAGGCUCGAGUAAGAAGCCUCCAAAGGUGAAGACGCCCCCCCUGAUAGACGGCCUCACCAAGGACGAGAUGAGCAAGGAGCAGCUGGAGGAGCACAUCGUCCGCCUGCGAGAGGAGCUGGAUCGAGAACAGGAGGAGAGGAACUACUUUCAGCUGGAGAGGGACAAGAUCCAUACGUUUGGGGGGAUCAAAGAGAGACAGGUGGAGGUGGCCGUUGCUGAGCAGAGGAACUCAGAGAAGGAGAUAGAGGAGGGCGCGAGGCAACACCAAGUGGAGAUCAAGGUGAACAAGCAGAAAAUGAAACACCUCCUGUGUGAACAUCAGAACACCAUUUCUGAGUUAAAGGCCGACGCUUUAGUCUCCACGGACGCCGUGCACGCAGAUCAAGAACGAGUGGAGGCGGAGCUGCACGAGGCGAUGAGUGACAUCAUGGUGGACACGCAGGAGCUCGACAUCACCGACCUGGUGAAGGAGCUCCAGCUGAAACACGAUGAAGAAAUGAACCAAACAAAGAGCCGCUGUGAGAAGAAACUGAAGGACGCUGAAGCUAAGUAUGAUAAAAACAUGGAGCUGCAUCUUCAAGAGCUGGACAACCUGAUGAAGAAAGAAGUGACCGAGCGAGAAGAUCACUGGAACCGCUACAGCUCCAACCUCGCAGAAGACCACAGAGAAGCUGUCGGCAAGAUGAAUUCUCUCAUCAACACGUUGGUUGUUGACGUCACAAUCAAGACAGAAAAAGAAGAAAUGAAGGACGAGAUAAAGGUGAGGGAGAAGGACCUGCUCCAUGUUCUGCAGGAUAACAAACAUCUCAACGAGUGUCUCUCCAAAGCCAACGAGGAGGAGACCCCCAUCAAAAAGAAAAUGGUCUUCCCUGUGAAAAAGAACGACUCAGAGAAGCUCCGACUGAAGGAGCUGAGCGACCUGAAAGAGGAUCACGAGGAGCUGAAACAGAUAUUCAGCAAACUUCAGAUGGAGAGAGACGAGCUGUACAAGACACAGUAUAUACGGGACGUGCAGCAGAAGGGCGGUUUGAAAGACGAGCAGCUGGAGAAUGUUCUGAAGGGCCUGACGGACGUUCUGGAGAAGACUCAGGCUCAGAUCGACUCGGUGCUCUCGGCCUCUAACGUGGACCAAACGGCCCUGAGAGGAGUCAUGGACCAAGUUGAGGAAAACCUCGACCGCAGUAAGAAUUCCCUCGAGGACUUGCGUCAUGAAAGAGCUCUGAUUUCUAAGGCCUGUACGGAUUUACUGCUGCACAACGAAGCCAAGCAAAGAGGUGUGGGCGUGUCCAUCCAGGUGCUCUGAAGAACCCUCUGGAAACAGUCUGAAAUGAAAACACUGAAUCAAAGAACUGAAUCAUUCACACUCACCUUCAUAAACACAUCAGAGUUUUUCAUUCUCCUAUUCUCAUUUAAUACAAAUGUGGAGCUGCAGUUCCUCAAAUCUCCACUAGAGGCUGGGUCCAAAAGUGAGUCAGUCCCUGCUCAUCCCAUCACAAAAGUUGAAUGAAUACAUUACUGUGCAGCACCUGUGAAACAUGGAGGGAGUUCCUCUUUCAUACUCUGGGCUCACACUGCCCUCUAGAGGCAGAAAUGAGAAACUACAGAGUCAGAGAAGUUCAGAAAGGUUCUCCUGCUGACUCAAACAGUGAAACACAUAAAAAACAUUAAAACAUUUUAUUUAAAACUGAAAGUACUUCAGCCGGUGUGAACGCUGCACUCUGUCUCUAACGAUCCUCCAGAGAGAUUAUUUACAUGUGUGUGUCUGUAUAUCAUUUAGGAUUUAGAUUUAAAAAACACAGAUAUGAAUGUGAUUUUAAAGAAGCAUGACUAAAUGUUUGGUUAUCACUUCUAUCUGAACCACUUCUCGCUCCCGCUUCCAUCACUGAAGCUUCAGUGUCCACCACAUGACAACCUGUGUGAGCAUCGAUUCUAGAGAGGAGGGGGGAACAGCUCUUUAUCAUGUUUAGAAUCUGAACUGCAGUACCGGUUUUAAACACUAGGUGUCAGAGUUACAGACUGCUCCUUUGAAGAAGAUCAAAUGCAAAAAUCCCAGAAUGAAAAAGAACUUGA